AUGGAUGCGGUGCGCCAGGAGGUGAUGCAGCUGAUGCAGGAGGGAGUUCAGAAGACGGCGUCCUACUGCGCCUCUCUCUGCGCCGAGCGCAUCGUCACCGCGCGGAGGGAGAUGCAGCGACGUUGGGCCGAGGAGCGCCGCGAGCUUGAGAGGCUCUAUGGCCUGCCCCCCAACAGCUGCGGGGCUGGUACUCCAAUGUCCUCCUCUGCGAGGUGUAGUGGGACCUCCCGAAUGGCCUUGGCUCCUGCAUCGCGAGCAGGCUCUGUGCACUCCUCGGGGACGCACGAGGGGUUCCAGCCGGCAUCUUCGCAGCAAGCAGGCGGGGCCCAGUCCUCGAGCUUCCCGUCGAAGGCUGGCCUGAAAGCUUCGCGAGCCUCCGACGAGCACCUGCAACACAACCUGGACUCCACGUUUAUCGACGCCUACGACGCCGUUCAGACGCUUGAGGAGCGAAACCAACAAGCUGCACGAGCCAUGCAGCUCCUAGACGAGGCGCUGAGGGCGGCCGAGAGCGCCGGAGGCCGGUCGAGUCGAGGUCCCCAAACAGGCAGACCGCUGGGCACCUCCGCGGCGGCUGCGCAGGAGGACGCGAAGGCUGGAGCCAGCCCUCCAAGCGUGCCGUCCUCGGCAAAGGUUAGCAACGGGAUCGAUGGCAAGGUACAGCGAGGAGCCAUGGUGCAGGUGGUCACGCAGCCGGCCGCGCCGCUGAGCUCGCCGGAAGACUGGCCACUACCGGUGUCGCACGCUCCAGCAGGCACGCCGCCGAGGGCGCCGGCGCUGAGCUCGAAGUCACCAUCGGCCACCAGUGCUCCCGUGCACCGGCCGGCCAGUGACACGGGCAGAAGAGAAGUCUGGGCGCAGGCCCCGCCUUUGGCGAGGCCCUGUGCCCCGGGUUGGGAGUGUGAGAUAGCUCCAGCGCCGGUGGGCGUUGCGCGGCCACCGUCGGACCUCCACGCGGUAUAA